AUGGAAGGGUACAAUCAAAGGCCUAUCGAUACCGGACAAAUGCCAACGCCAACCUCCUCUCUACAAGAGCUGCCGUUCCAUAGUCCCGAAUUUACACUUUACGAACAACUCCCAGAGAAGCUGAAAGGGGAGAGAGUACGUCAGCUAGAACGGGGCUACAGCAUGGAGACACAUGACCGUCCAACGUAUUCGGAAGAAAUGCGUCGUGCGGCAGAGGAAAGGAAACGCGAUGAACGAGAAAGAGUGGCAUCGAAUGAAGAGGUUGAGCAUCGGAAGCCUCGUAUUCAAAGACAACCACCUGUUCAUCUGACGCGAAUCAGGCCGCCAUCGUAUGUCAUACAGAGAAAAACGAAAACGCUUGAAGCUCGAACCGAUACGAAUACGAGGCCACCUGAACGGCAUCCUGUAAUGGAAGUUCUCGAUCCUCCACGAACCUCGUGUGCCUCGCCACCUGGAUCGACAUCCAGUCGGUUACCGAAACCAGACAAGAAAUCAUGGCUGGACAAGAUUCGAAGCAUGAAACGAUCUUAA